GCUGCUAAGGUCCCCGGGGACGCCCUUCUCGGGUGGAAACGUGGCUUCGCCGACGGCGCGGGCGGAGAUGAGGACGGCGGAAGACUCGAACGGGACGGUCCUGCACCGCCUGAUCCAGGAGCAGCUGCGUUAUGGGAACCUCACGGAGAACCGCACGCUGCUGGCCAUCCAGCAGCAGGCCCUGCGCGGCGGCGGCGGCGGUGUCGGUGGUGCCGGUGGUGCCGGCAGCCCCCGCUCCUCCCUGGAGAGCCUCAGCCCCGAGGAGAGCCAAAUGGUGCAGCAAUCCACGCGGCAGGAGCCCCAGGGCCAGGAGCAUCACUCCGACCACGUCUACUUGGAGAACAGCGUCUAUCGGCUCUGCCAGCCCCAGCACAAGGGCGAGGAGCUCCCGACCUACGAGGAGGCCAAGGCGCAUUCCCAGUACUACGCCUCGCAGCGGGGUGGGCAGCAGCCCGGAGGGGCCAGCCCGGGAAUUCGGGGUGAAAAUGGUCCGCGUGGGGCCGAGAGCGGCGCCCGACGCCCCGACGAGGGGCUGAAGGACCUGAAGCACGGCCACGUGCGGUCGCUGAGCGAGCGGCUGAUGCGGAUGUCGCUGGAGAGGAACGGGGCCAAAGCGCAGAGCCCCAUCAGUGCCUCCCACAGCUACCCCCAGCUCUCCCGCCAUCACCAGCUCGCUGCCCUCCGAGGGCAGCACCCGGAGGGGCCGGAACCGCGGGGACCCCCUCCGGAGUAUCCCUACGUCAUCCCAUCCCAGGAUGCUUACCUGGCCGAACCUGGACCCUGCUCCCGGGAAGGUCCUGGAUUUCAGCAUCCUGAAAUCAGUCGGGUGCUGCCCACCCACGUCCCCGCCGCUUUCCUGCCGCCGCCGGGCGCCCUGUGCCCGGGCACGCUGGGUCCCACCGGCGUGGAGGCACUGGUGAGCGCCCAGGCGGUCUCAGCCAGCAGCCGCCUGGCCCGGGCGGAUGCGGUCCUGCGGGAGAAUGAGAGACUCCAGUGGGAGAGCGAGAAGCUGCGGCGGGAGCUGGAGAGCUGCGCCGAGAAGGCGAGCCGCAUCCAGAAGCUGGAGAGCGAGAUCCAGCGCAUCUCGGAGGAUUACGAAAACCUCAUCAAGGCGUCUUCCAAGCGGGAAGCCUUGGAGAAAGCCAUGAGGAACAAGAGAGACGGCGAGAUGCGACGGCUCCAGGACUUCAACCGGGACCUGAAAGAGCGGUUGGAAUCGGCGAACAAGCAGCUGGCCAGCAAGACCCAGGAAAGCCAGGAGAGCAACCAGGGCAGCGUGGCCAAACUCCUGGCGCAGAGCUACGAGCACCAGCAGGAGAAGGAGAAGCUGGAGCGGGAGGUCUCCCUGCUGCGCAGUGCCAACGAGGACCAGCGGCGGCGGGCAGAGCUGCUGGAGCAGGCGCUGGGCAGCGCCCAGGCGCGGGCGGCCAAGGCGGAGGCUGAGCUGCGGAAGAAGCGAGCCUACGUGGAGAAGGUGGAGCGGCUGCAGGCAGCCCUGGGCCAGCUCCAGGCUGCCUGCGAGAAGCGGGAGCAGCUUGAGCUGCGGCUCCGCACCCGCCUGGAGCAGGAGCUGAAGAUGCUGCGGGCUCAGCAGAGGCAGGCGGGUGCCGCGGGCGGGGGUAUGCCGGAGCUGAGCGCGCACACGCUCUCCGAGCAGCUGAGGGAGAAGGAGGAGAAGAUCCUGGCCCUGGAGGCUGACAUGACCAAGUGGGAGCAGAAGUACCUGGAGGAGUGCACCAUGCGGCAGUUUGCCAUGGACGCCGCGGCCACUGCGGCCGCCCAGCGGGACACCACCCUCAUCAGCCAUUCCCCGCGGCACUCCCCCAACAGCAGCUUCAACGAGGACCUGCUCCUGGCCAGCCACAAGCACCAGGAGAUGGAGAACAGGUUAAAAGCCCUUCACGCCCAAAUCCUGGAGAAGGAUGCCGUCAUCAAGGUCCUGCAGCAGCGCUCGCGGAGGGACCCCAGCAAAGCCCUGCAGGGCUCCCUGCGGCCGGCCAAGUCCGUGCCCUCCGUCUUCGCCGCCUCCGCCGCCCCGAGCUGGCCAGGGGCUGGCCAGAGCGACCGGCUGGCCGAGGGCAGCUCCCAGGGCAGCACAGCAGGCAAAGCCACUGCCGAAGGGGCAGCAGCGCCCGCUGCCCUCCCCCUGCCCUCCCACUCCAAGCACGGCAGCAAGGACGGCAGCACGCAGACGGACGGGGCGGCCGAGAGCAGCGGCCAGGGCGAGGGCACCGAGCGCCCGGCCAAUUUGCUGGAGAGCUCGGCCGCUGCCAGAGUCCCGGACCUGUCCGACAUGGUGGAGAUCCUGAUUUAAGGCCACCCAGGGGCUGCACACUGGCCCCUCUGCCCUCCCUGAGCCUGCCCGGGAUGGAGGAGCCUGCGGGAAGGAGGACCGAGCCUGGAGCUCAGCGGUGUCCCUGCGGCUGCUCUCAGCAGGUGGCCCCAUGGGUGGGAGGG